GGUAGUUAGGGUAGGAGUAAGAACGUGGUAGUUAGGGUAGGAGUGAGAGUGAGAACGACACAGAAGUAAGACACAUGGAAGGCGAAGCAAUGGAAGGUGAGGUAAGACAGGAGGGGACAGGUAGAUCCCCACCUCCAGGGCCACAGGAGGAAAGAAACUAUUGGGAGGAUGAGGAUCGAAUCAGAGAGCUAUUAGCGCUCUGUUUCGAUGAUGGGAUCUACCCCACGGAGAUUGAUCCAGGAGAAAUGACGGUUGAAGGGAGGGAAGUGCACUUUAAGUUAAAUACUUCGCUAAAUGAUAUCAAGGUGAAAUGGUUGAAGGAGCGAAUUGUAACCGUAGUGUACAAGGAUGUUGCACGCUUCUUGCCGAAGAACAUCAAGGAUGAUCUGGUCAAGGCCUUCGAAGAUGGGUGGAUCUUGGGCAACGAGCAAUUUGCAGAAAAUACAAGGAGAGGGAGGGUUAAGGUGGAAGGACCAAGCCUUGUAUCCUAUGUGGCGAAGUCCCCAGUAGUGGCACGAUAUAUGAUCAAUGAAGGAAGCUUGGUGAUCCUGCUGGGGUCAAAGGAAUACAAGGUCCUCUUCAAGCCAUGGAUGACGCGAGCCGAGUUUCGAGAGAUGAGACGUCAAGAGGAUGAGAACACGUUCUGGGUAAUUGCGGUGCAAGUGCCUUUGGACGAUAUGCCUUUCAUCCACGCCCAGAUAGAGAAGGCAAUUGGGCCAAUAAUAAGAGCAUAUCCAGCAGAUGCAGAUCCGCAGCGCCGACCUUGGUGAACGAGAUAUUUGACCUAGAUCCGGCCGCCCGUCCAAAUAUGAAGGAUAAAAUAUGGAUUGAGAC